AUGUCUUCAAACUCCGACCGCCCAAAAGCGCUUCCCUCGAUCCACCGCUUCAUCACAACACACGACUCGAGCGGCAAAUCAUGUUACUCCAAAGAUCUCGACGAGUCAUUGAACUUCUGGGAGGUCAGUGCAGGCGAGGGAAACUCUGCCGACUUUGAGCUCGGCUACGUCACCGAAGGACUACCGAUACCGCUUGCAAAUGACAAAGAUCUUUCGACGUUCAAAGAAGCAUAUGCAAACAAACAGAAGUCGGGUUUAGUAAAGCAUGGUGGUACCAUCUUGCGGUAUUGUGAUAUCCCUCCAGCCUCAAAGUCGCAGAUGCAUCGUACCGUCAGUCUCGACUAUGGCAUCCUCAUCAAUGGCGAGCUGGAGUGUUUACUGGACUCGGGAGAGACCCGGACUAUCCACCCGGGGGAUGUUGUGAUUCAGAGAGGGACAAAUCACCAGUGGUUCAACAGAACUGAGAAGUGGGCUAGGAUUGUGUUCAUCUUGUUCCAUGCGACGCCGGUCGAGAUCAAUGGCCGUGCAUUGGGUGAAGACCAGGGAGGAAUGGAGCUGCCAGAUUCGCAUUAG